CCACGCGGCAGCGGUAUAACCGCAGGGCCGGCGCGCCUUUCCCUCCCGGCGCUGGCCAUGGCUGCAGCGUCCCUCUUAUCCGCUUUGGCCACCCGGCUGCUCCGGCCGGCGCAGAGCUGCCGCCUCCACCAUCGCCCCUUCCACCUCUCGGCAGUUCGAAAUGAAGCUGUUGUCAUUUCGGGAAGGAAACUUGCUGAGCAGAUCAAGCAGGAAGUGCGGCAGGAGGUGGAAGAGUGGGUGGCGUCAGGCAACAAACGGCCCCACCUGAGCGUCGUUCUGGUUGGCGAGAAUCCUGCAAGUCACUCCUAUGUCCUCAACAAAACCAGAGCAGCUGCCGAUGUGGGAAUCAACAGUGAGACAAUUGUGAAACCAGCUUCAAUUUCAGAGGAAGAGCUGUUGAAUUUAAUCAAUAAACUAAAUAAUGAUGAUAAUGUAGAUGGCCUCCUUGUUCAGCUGCCUCUUCCAGAGCACAUUGAUGAGAGAAAGAUCUGCAAUGCUGUUUCUCCAGACAAAGAUGUUGAUGGCUUUCAUGUAAUUAACGUAGGGCGAAUGUGUUUGGACCAGAAUUCCAUGUUACCAGCUACUCCAUGGGGUGUGUGGGAAAUAAUUAAGCGAACUGGUAUUCCAACCCUGGGGAAGAAUGUGCUUGUGGCUGGAAGGUCAAAAAACGUUGGAAUGCCCAUUGCAGUACUGCUGCACACGGAUGGGGCACACGAACGCCCCGGAGGUGAUGCCACUGUCACAAUAUCUCAUCGAUAUACUCCCAAGGAGCAGCUGAAGAAACAUACAGCUCUUGCAGAUAUUGUGGUCUCCGCUGCAGGCAUUCCAAAUCUGAUCACAGCAGAUAUGAUUAAGGAAGGAGCAGCUGUCAUUGAUGUGGGAAUAAAUAGAAUUCAAGAUCCCAUAACUGCUAAACCCAAGUUGGUUGGAGAUGUGGAUUUUGAAGGAGUCAGGAAGAAAGCCGGUUACAUCACUCCAGUCCCUGGGGGUGUUGGUCCCAUGACAGUGGCAAUGCUAAUGAAGAAUACCAUUAUUGCUGCAAAAAAAGUGCUGAGGCUUGAAGAGCGGGAAGUACUGAAGUCUAAGGAGCUUGGAGUAGCAAGUAAUUAACUAUUGUGUCUUCUGUGUCAUGAACAGCACUCUAAGCUAGUUCAGGAGGAAAACCAGGCCAAUAGAAAUGCAAUAUUUAUUCUACUUAAAUGGUUUAAAACAAUGCUUUCUAUUUAUUUGUAAGCUUAAAUGGGUGGGUGUUUGCACACAUAGCCCUGCAGUUACCCACCAGGGAGCACGCCACUAUCGUGCUGGGUCAUGGGAUCCAGCCAAGAGAAGCCAUUAACCUACUGAUUAACAGGGGGACACUGUCACAUUGAGAAUGGCUGCCUAACUUUGUCAACCACUUCAGUUAAAAUCUGUCUUUUUUAGGAGGGCAGCUAUGCUUACCACUAUACCAUCAACGCUGCACAAAUUUGUCUUUUCUACGAUUGCAUUUCCCAAGUGCUAUUCCAAUAAUGAGUUGAUGCUCACUUUAGGUUCCAAACCUUUUGAGUUCAACUGGUCAAACCAAAGGAAAAAUGUUGCAAGAGAAAAUUAGGGAAAAGGUAAAAAGAAAGAAAUGACGGUAGUUGAGUAGAAAAAAAAUUACCCUAAUUUAAUAUAUGUAUUGAUUGAUAACCAGAAGAAAAACUACAUGUCAAUAGUCUCCUAAGCUGUCAUUUUGUAGCUUAGUCAUUGGGAAAAUGUUUGGGGUUGUUUCAUUUGCUAUUAGCCCUCGUUUUAUGUUGGUUACCAUUCCUGAGGUUUCCCCAUGUUAGUUUUCUAGGAUUGAAAGGCUUAUUUUAUAAAUUACUCAUGUGUGUUGUCAUAUUUGACUUUCCUACAUCCUUAAACUUCACUGUCAAAUUUUUAUACUGUUGGGGGUGUCUGUAUGGUUUCUUUAGUGUGUCUUGAAACCUGUAGUUGGAAAACAUAACUUGAGCUUGAUGAUCAUUAGGGCAGCUUGUAUAAGUGUGCAACUUACUUUUCCACCAAAGAACUGUCAACAGCUGCCGGCUUUUCUCUGAUGCAUCUGUUGGCUUUCCUUGAUUGAUUUUUGAGAACUUGAGUUAAUACUGAAUUUAAUCAGACUUUCUGAUUAAAGGACUUCUUUGUUUCAUUUUGUUUUUUUAAAUAAAACACUUCUGACUGGUAUAGAA